UGUCGCGAGUAGCAGUAUUCGCGCCAUUACUCGUUGCAGUUGUUCUGUUAUUCUUAAUUUCUUGAACAUUUUUUCGAAAAUUAAUUUUCAAAAAUGAUAGCGAAUGUUGAUAUAUCAGAUUACGAUAAGUUCGGCUGUUUGCACGAAUUAUUCAUUCAACAAGCGAAAAAAACACCAGAUAAAAUAGCUCUAGUAACAGCUGAUCAUAAAAAAAUUACGUUUUCGGAAUUAAAUUCAGUGACUGAUAUAUUGGCAGAUAAAUUACGAUUAUGUGGAGUCAGACGAAACACUGUUGUUGGGAUUUUUAUGGAAAGAUGCAUCGAAUACACCGUCAGUUACAUAGCUAUUUUGAAAGCAGGAGGAGCCUACCUGCCAAUAGAGAUGUCCUAUCCUAAACCAUUAAUACAAUCAGUAUUAGAAGAUGCCAAACCAGUAGCAAUCUGUAGCAAGAGUUCUUACGGUCAUUUACUCAACACUGACAUCACAACCUUAUUUUUGGAUAACAACUGGGCAGAAAUUUACCAAAAAGAGGUUAACCAAUCGAAGGAGAAGCCAAUCGUAGAAAAAGUUCAAUUAGACGAUAUGGCAUACACUGUUUACUCAUCUGGUACUACAGGAAAACCCAAAGGUAUACAAUGCCCUCAUCGAGGAGCAGUAUUUUCUUACACAUGGCGUCAUUUGGCAUUCCCUUAUGAUGAAGAUGAUCGAGAAGCAUGUAAUAUUUUUUUCGUAUGGGAAAUGUUGAGACCACUUUUAAAAGGUAUUCCAAUGUUCAUAAUUCCGGAUAACGUUAUUUACGAUCCUCCAAAACUUGUGAAUUUUUUGAAAGAACAUGAAAUCACUAGAAUGCUGUUCACGCCUUCAUUACUUCAAGCAGUAUUGGACACACAAGGAGGGGCUUCUCUCAAUGAAAGUUUCAAAACAAUGAAACAAAUCUGGUUAUGUGGCGAAGUGGUAACAACAACGUUACGAAAUCGUAUUGCAGCAGCUUUUCCAUGGGUGAAAAUUCUAAAUUUGUACAGUAUUUCCGAAUGUCACGAUGUUUCCUGUUCUGAUUUAACAGAAGGAUAUGGGCUAGAAGGACGAACAUAUUGCCCCGUGGGGAAAAUAUUUAAAGGUGUUCAUGUCGUAGUGAUGGAUGACGAUCAUAACGUCAAAUCAAUAGGAGAUGCUGGCGAAGUAUACGUAGGAGGACCGACUUUGGCCAUAGGUUAUUUAAACAGGCCAGAAUUAAAUGAACAAAGAUUUAUCAAAACUCCAGCCCAUUUGAUAAAUGCUUACGGUGCACGUUUAUACAGAACUGGUGAUUGGGGAUAUUUGCUCAGUGAUGGAAGUUUAGAGGUUACUGGACGAUGCGACUCGAUGGUGAAAAUUCGAGGAUACACUGUCGAAUUAAAGGCAGUUGAAAAUGCCUUAUUGAGUAUCCCUGAGGUGAACAUGGCUUGUGCUACGGUAUUCGGCGAAGAAGGUAGUGAUAAAUUUGUGGCAGCGUAUAUCGUGCUAAACGAAGGAUAUUCUAAAAAUGUGGAUUAUUUACGUUCUAAGUUGAAAGGGCAAUUACCAUUCUACAUGAUCCCAUCUCAAUUCGUAUUCCUGAGCAAAAUUCCCAUUUUGGAUAGUUCGGGCAAAAUCAAUAAAAAAGAAUUACCACCAAUUCGAGGAUUCGAUGCAGGAAACAUAAAAGUGGAAAAUUUUGCCAAUUCGAUAGCAAAAUCAAUAGCCAAAAUUUGGUGUGAAGUAUUGAAAAUUUGUACAUUGGAUGAUACUGAUAAUUUUUUCGAUCUUGGAGGCCAUUCUUUAUUAGCAGCUGUCGUCGUUGGACGAAUAAACGACACAUUUCAAACGAAUUUAUCAACGUUGGAUUUAUACACGAACCCUACCAUCGAAUCUUUACUCACAAAAAUUACCACAGGUGAAAGCAGUCAAAACAGUAAGAUUAAUUUGAUCGAAGAAAUGAGUAAUUUGACGAUUACACAAAUAUCAAAUCUAAAGCUACGUUUAUUUUGGAAAUCGGUGAAUUUAACCAGAGAUAAAUUUCAACGAGGAAAUAUUUUACUAACUGGGGCAGCUGGAUAUUUAGGAUCUUUUGUUUUAAAAUAUCUGUUACAAAAUACCCAAGCUAUAGUUUAUUGCCUAAUAAGAUCUUCGACUGAACAAACAUCUCAACAACGUCUCGAAAACGUAUUAGAAAGCAAAAAAAUCUCAAAAGAAUAUCUUCAAACACGUUUAGUUCUCAUUACAGGCGAUGUUUCACUCAAUAAAUUUGGAUUGGACGACAUAGAUUACAUGUCACUUUCUCAAAAUAUCGACGCAGUAAUUCAUUGUGCUGCAAAAGUCAAUCUAAUCCUUCCAUUCAGUGCUUUAUACUCCUCAAACGUACAAGGAACCCAAACUGUGGUAUCUUUUUGCACGGAAGACAGAUUAAAACCGUUACAUUAUAUCAGCACCAAUGAUGUUUUCCCAGAAAAUUUGACAGACUGCUCCGAAAACAGUAACAUGUUGAAUUAUGCAGAUCAAUUAAAUUACGGCUAUGGACAAACAAAGUGGUUAUCCGAGCAAAUUGUUCUUUCAGCAGCGAAAAACGGUUUACCGGUUAUUAUUACCAGGUGUGGUAAUAUAGCCGGUAGUCUAACUAUGCCUAUUUGGAACGACAACGACUCCAUUUUGUUAAUUCUAAAAGCAGUAAUAUUAUCCCAGACUGCACCUGAUAUUAAUUGGAAGGUAGAAUUAUCACCCGUUGAUUUUGUCGCUGAAUCGAUCGUGAAAUUGACCACGAAUGUGACUAAUGAGUUUGGAAAAGUAUUUCAUUUCAUCAAUUCAAAUACAAUGGAUUGCAGAGAAAUAUGGACUUUCCUGAACCGAACCGGUUACAAAAUAAACGUAGUCCCUUACGAUGAAUGGAUUGCAACAGUUGAAAAAUCAUCGAAACACCAUGCAGAGCUCGGAUCACUCGUUCAAUUACUCAAUACUCGAUUAAAAACCAAAGAUUACUUAUGCAAUGCGUCAACAUACAGACAAGAUAACGUAGAUAAAUUCUUGUCAGAAAUCGGUAUCGAAUACCCUCAAUUUAACGAAACGUCAUUGGAUAAAUACGUCACUAAUUUAAUCAACGGUCGAUACAUUCCGGCUCCUGAAGCUAAAUCAAUCUCCAAUAAUUCGCCAGUCAAUAUAAGUAAACUUCCUCAUCUCGAAGGAAAAAUAGCUUUGGUUACCGGAGCAUCUUCGGGUAUAGGUAGAUUGAUAGCUAAAACGUUGGCUCAAUCUGGAGUGACAACGGUAGCUGCAGCAAGACGAAUAGAUCGACUCGAGGAACUCGAAAUUGAGUUAAAAAGUCAAAAUAUUAAAACGCUGAUACCGAUGAAAAUGGACAUCACUGAUAAAAAUCAGGUGUUUUCGUGCAUUUCGCGAAUUAAAUCGACCAUAGGACCGAUCAAUAUACUGGUGAAUAACGCCGGAUUAAUGGAUUAUUGUAAAAUGAUUAAUUGCGAGUUGGAUAUCUGGGUGAAAAUGGUGAACGUGAAUUGUAUCGGAUUACUGAACGUUACAGCAGCAGUUUUACCUCAUAUGAAAGAGAUCGGAUCAGGUCACGUGGUUAAUAUUACCUCCGACGCAGGCCGAAAGCCAUUUGCUGGCUUGGCAGUAUAUUCGGGUACAAAAUUCUUCGGCGAAAGUGUAUCAGAGGCGAUGAGACAAGAAGUAACAUCGGAAAAUAUAAAAGUAACGUGCAUCCAGCCAGGAGAUACUGUUUCAGAAUUGCUAGACAAAUCCGCGAAUUUAGAAAUACGAAAAGAAAUGUACACCGAGGUACCAUUUUUACAAACUGAACAAGUAGUGAAUGCUGUUAUUUUCGCUUUAAAUCAACCGCCAAACUGUGCAGUUAAUUCCAUCCUAAUCGAGCCAAUCGGUGCACCGAUCUAAUCGUAGAUGAAAAUCAUUUACUCAAUGUUUUUUUUGGAAAACACCUCCAAAAGCAAAUCAAUAUACAUUUUUUGUGAGAA